AUGCUAGCAGCGCUGCCGUUAAAAGCUUACCGUCACCCGGCUCGAAUUAGACCUCCUGAAAUAGCUGGCGAGUUAUUGCCGGCACUAUGGGCCAGCCUGGACGCAUACCUCGCUAUCGUGAGAGCCACUGAUGCCAAGUGGUCUGCAAGGAGAACCGGAACUGGCCGGUUCCCUCAGGGUCGAAAAAAACUCGAAGAUUCGACUGAAAGGAUGAAGGGAUGGUUCGACGCUUUUCGCAUUGACGGAGGACCAACUUUGUACAGUUACAGCAAUCGUACACCUGUCACGGGCGAUGUUCCUCUGGUGAUCGUAUUUGUCAUCUUCGGCACCAUCUUCACCGCGUUCCUCGUCAUAUAUCCUGGAAUACGAAAGGAGGUCAGUACUUUCUUCUUUUUUCUACCUAUUUCUUUAACCCUCUAUAAUACCGUGUAACUUUGAAAUCACAAAAUGAUAAAUCAAGAAGAUUAUUUAUGAGCAACAAUAUUUUUAUUAGUUUUUAUAGUCUUUCAUCUUGAGAUUAAUAUCUGCUGAUUUCAAAUUACAUAAAUUCUUUUAUACCCACAAAAAGAUUCGCAUUGUAAAGAGUUAAAGUCUCAUUCUUUGAUUAAUAAAUUUAAUUAUAAAUACAUGUAAUUUUUAAUUUUUAAUUGUCUAGUUAUUGAUAUAGUUAUGAUAUAA